CACAGUAUACAAAAGCUUCUUCUCCAGAUUUAGGGUUUCUCUUCGUUUCGGCUCUGUUCCAGAAGCUAGAUCGCAAAGCUUCAAGAUGCCGUCGCACAAGUCGUUCAUGAUCAAGAAGAAGCUCGGGAAGAAGAUGAGGCAAAACAGGCCUAUCCCUCACUGGAUUCGUCUUCGUACCGACAACACUAUCAGGUACAAUGCUAAGCGUAGGCAUUGGCGCAGAACCAAGCUUGGAUUCUAAGAGGUUACUGUUACUUAUUGUGAAAGCUUUGUUCUUUCUAAAAAGACUUGUUUUUGGUUCUGUUGGAUUUUUAGUGUUUCCUCAGUUUUGAUUACAUUGUUGACAUUUUGUGUAAGACGAUUCUUGAAUCAGUUAUGUUUCCAAACUUGCCAUCGAAGAGUUCUUAUUGUAGUAACUUUGUGGUUUUCACUAGUUUAAAUGGCCUUUUGGUUCAUGUUU